CGAUUGGCAACAACCCACCCGGUCGUUCCGUUUCGGAACGCUGAGACAACGGGCGGGCGCUCCCAUUGGUCCGCCCCGGCCCGACCGAAUCUCGCUGUCGCCAACGGUCGCGGGGGCCGCAGAAGAAGCGGCCGCUGCCCUGACCGUGGGGCCGGCCGAGGUGUGUUCCAGCCCCCGGGGCCCGGGCCCUGCCGGGAUCCGCCUCGACAUGCCCUGACCUAGCGGGGCUCGCUGCCCAAGAAAACAAGCUCCGUCCAGCGUAUUCAGGGACAUGCUGCCUGCUCCCAUAAACACCGUAUAUUUGAGGGACUAAUAGACUCGUUUCUGCUCUUUAAGCCGGUUACCUCGGUAAGCCUGCUACAUGUUCAUAGCCUUGUUGAUUCCUUGAUCUAGCCCCGCUUGGCAUUCGGUGACUGCCUGCUGGUGAGGGCGGUGCAUGCUGAAAUGAGGGGCUUGGCACCGGAGCGCCUGCUUUGCCAAUAGGCGCGCUGCCCUGUGGUGCGUGUGUUCUGAAGCAGGAACUGCGGCGGGGAACUAGAUUUUGAGCCCUUACUAGCCUGAGAUCCUAGCCACCCAUAAACUGUUGAUUUGCAUCUCUUCUGUUGACACAGUGAAACUGAGCCGUUGUGGGAUCGUUACUCAUGAGCUGUGCCUGCCCUGUGAGCAAUGGACACAGACGCUGUGUGGGCUUCAAACUACAGGGGAGGGGGAGGUCUACGCUGUGGAGUUCACCGGCAGAAUUGUACGCUCCCAGUGUUGCAGGAUCUAAUAAUUUGGUUGCGGCCCCUUUCUGUGGCGAAGCAGCAGUAGGAAAGGAGUAGGGCUCGGCCUGUGAAGGGAUGUGCGCGGUGGUCUCCUCUGCUGGCUGUGGGGUGAAAAUAAUGCCCGUGUGGCCCUGCAGCUUGGAAAGGGGAGGAUUGCAACGUUAAACUAAGAGGAUGGACAUAGGGCAUGGUGGACAUAGGACAAGGCAGCUGCUUGAUUGCCAAUGCUGCUGGAGGAGCUUCAGCCUUGUUUUGUUCACUGGCUGAAGGAAGCAGAAUCUCCACAUGAAGGGCAGUGCGAGGUGCCUUUAUCUUGAAUGGACUUUAAGCUGCUUGAGCAAUCUUAGACAAUCCCCUGCACUGUAUCUUUAAGGGAAUCCUGUCGGGGCUUCAGCCAAUGCAUUAUAAUGAUACUCUGUAAUGCCUGCUUCCUUACAUCUGUAGCUCUAAAAGCACUUUACAACAUUCCUCUGGGUAAACAGAGUCACAGAGGGUCCAGGACUUGAUCGUGGUACUGCAAUGAGUCACUAGUGCUCUGGACUCCUGUCCCAGCCCCCUGCUCUAACUACUGUCCUAGAGCAAAGAUGUUGUCUACAAACUGAAUGUGAGUCUCAGUUAAGUUUCCAUUACAAGAGUCUGAAAAUCCUGUUGGACCAAAUGCCUCCCUUUCUCAGUGUAAGAGAAACAGGGGAGGACAUCCGUUAACAUCCAUCUUUGUUUAAUUAUCUCUCCUCCCAUCCCUGUCACGUUUCCAGGGCUGGGUUCAGUAACCUGUGGAGGAAGGACUCAAUGUUCUCACUGUAGCAGAAACAUGUUAAAUGGAGGACUUCUCCUCUGAUCACCAAGUGCUGGUUAUUGGGGCUGUUAUAGCAACUUGGAGGCAAUUCCAGGUUUGGCAGGGGGAGGGCAUGGAGCUGAGAGUGGUAAGAAGCCUUGGUAAGGCCAAGGGGCAAGAGGAACUAAGAGGGGAGAUGGAGGUGCGAUUAUGUAGACCCAGGAAGGUGAGUAUGAAGAAGCUAUCAAAGACUAAAGAGAUCUACUGCGUCUGUUCCCUGCUUUCUCUAGUCUCGAUUUGGCUGCACUGGGGAUUACAGUGGACAAGAAGCUGCAUUGGAGUCAGCAGUGUGCCCUCGUUGCCAAGAAGGCUAACGGCAUAUUGGGCUGAAUUAGUAGGAGCAUUGCCAGCAGAUCGAGGGACAUGAUUAUUCCCUUCUAUUUGGCACUGGUGAGGCCGCAUCUGGAGUAUUGCAUCCAGGUUUUGGCCACGCACUACAGAAAGGAUGUGGACAAAUUGGAGAGAGUCCAGCGGAGGGCAGUGAAAAUGAUUAGGGGACUGGGGCACACGACUUACAAGGAGAGGCUGAGGGAACUGGGCUUAUUUAGUCUGUACAAGAGAAGAGUGAGGGGGGGAUUUGAUAGCAGCCUUCAACCACCUGAAGGGGGGUUCCAAAGAGGAUGGAGCUCAGCUGGUCUCAGUGGUGGCAGAUGACAGAACAAAGAGCAAUGGUCUCAAGUUGUACUGGGGUAGGUCUAGGUUGGAUAUUAGGAAAAACUGUUUCACUAGGAGAGUGGUGAAGCACUGGAAUGGGUUACCUAGGGAGGUGGUGGAAUCUCCACCCUUGGAGGUUUUUAAGGCCUGGCUUGACAGAGCCCUGGCUGGGAUGAUUUAGUUGGGGAUUGGUCCUGCUUUGAGCAGAGGGUUGGACUAGAUGACCUCCCGAGGUCUCUUCCAACCCUAAUCUUCUAUGAUUCUAUGAAAUGUCCCAGCUAAUGACCAUCCGUCCCUUCCCUGGGGAGGCUGUUCCACAAACUAGUAGAUGCUCCUGUGUGAAAAAUUUCCCUGAUUUUCAGUACCCUCAAAUGGUUCCACAGAGCCACCUUGGAUCCCAGCCUGGGCUCCUCACCUUGCAUAUUUCUUUCUCCUCUGCAGGUUGAACAUGGCUGAGCUGGUUCAUAAAAGGGGGAAGAGGCGGGACGACAACGGGCUGGGAGGUGCUGUUGACUUCCUGUUGGCCAACGCCAGGCUGGUGCUUGGGGUGGGGGGUGCUGCUGUGCUGGCCAUCGCAACUCUGGUGGUGAAACGGCUGAUAGACCGAGCCACCAGCUCGCCCGACGAGGACGAUGCUAAGGCAGAGCAGAAGUCCAUCGAGGAGAGCUGGCAAGAUCUGAGCUUGAUUAAGGCAGCGCCAAAGCCUCCAAAGAAGCAAAGCCGGGCAGAUCUCAGCAAGUCUCUGCUGUCCCCAUCUGCGACCCUUCCUGCCCAAGCCGCUGAGCCUCAUGGCCAUCCCACCUCCCCGGAGACUCCCCAAGAAGAAUCCGGGACUCUUUGUCUCACGUUCCAGGAGAAACUCCUCUCUUACUACAGAAACCAUGUCACUAUCCCAGAGACGGACGUGGCCCUCGGUAAGCAGCUGGCAAAGGACAUCUGCAUUGAACUGCAGAGCUUCCUGCAAAACAAGUGCCCAGAACUGCCCUUCGGCAGCAUGUUCCUCAGUGGUUCCCUCUGCGACGACCUCCAGGUUGUUGCUGCUGACCAUGUCUGCUUCAUGCUGCCCUUGGUAUUUGAAACCACGCUCUGGAGCCUCAUCCCAGGUGAGGACACCAUUGUACAAGACCCCCAGUUCUGGAUGAUCAGGCGGACUGACCUGGAGUACUUCCCUCGCGGGAGCAGCCCUUGGGACAGGUUCAUAGUAGGCGGGUACCUCUCCUCCAACGUGCUCAAUGAGGUGCUUCAUAAAAUGCUGGUGGCCUCCGUCAACUGGCCUGCCAUAGGCAGCAUGUUGGAGUGCCUCAUCAGACCCGUGGUGGCUUCUGAGGAGCUGAAGUUGGAGGUUACGCAUUACAAGACCCAGCUGAACAUAACCCUCUGCCCAGUGACAGAAGCUGGGGAUAAGGUUCUUCUUGCCAUGCCUCCAAAAGGACUUGUGGGAAACCUCUGGCGACAAAGCUUUUAUAGGUCUGAGGUCUCCAAGCUUAAAGAUCUGGACGCUGCAGACUCUGGAGCCAGGCGGUGCUGCCUCAAAAUCCUAAAAGGCGUCUGUAAAAACCAUCCCUUCUUGAGCAAACUGACUGGCAGCCACCUGACUCAUGUUCUCCUCCACCUGAGUGAAGCUGAAUCAGACUGGGCAGAGGAAGCCCUGGCUGCGAGGUUCCAGCACGUGCUCGAAUCGUUGGUUGGCUACCUGGAGACAGGCUUCCUCCCCUGCUAUUUCAACAGUCAGAUUAACUUGUUCUGCGAGCUGCUGGAAGAGGAGAUAGAUGAGAUGGGGUAUGCACUCUACAGUGCUGUAUCUCAGCCAGACCUCUUGUUGCAGGAACGUGUCGAUAAAUGAAUUGCAAGCCUGGGAGAUCCUGAUAGUAGGUUUUUUGCGCUUCUCUGCAUCCACUUCUCCAAGAUGAGUGGAUUGCAAAGCUUCUCACUUCCUAGUCGCUACCAGGUGAAAUCCUUGCACUCAGUGAACGAAGUAGUCACUUUUUUGACACAAGGUGCCUGAGUAAAGGGAUGGGAAAUGGGAUCUGGAGCCUAUCACCACCAGGUCUCGCCACUUCCAAUCCAGCCCAUGGCUGUAGUCUCAAGAAGUCAGGUACCAUCUAUUGAGUGGUGAGGCCUGGGUGAAAUGAGUUUGGUCUCCCUCCAGUUCCUAGUGAACUAGUGUCCCUACCAAACUGCCAUCACGGUUGGCACAGUAGCAUGAUGAGGCCCAGGACUGAAUGGGCCUGGAAACUGAAUUACCCCUUGUUCCUGGAGAUAGGCCCUGCAGACCAAGACCCUGGUGAGUGUGGCGAACCUUACGCUGCCGCUGCUUGUCCUGUACCUUGGCUGUGUAUAAACUGGACUUGUCUUCAGGGCUCUCAGUCCAGCCCCUUGCACAAGUACAAAAUUCACUCUUAAAGUGCCAGGCUCUCAACUUCUUAGGGGGCGGUGUUGGAAGCUGGUAUGUAUUUGCAAACCCAGGAUGUUGGCAGCAUGAAGGGACAGGCCUGAGGAGAGAAUCAGUAUCAACUGAUCGUGCACCACAGGAUAUUGCCAUAGCCAGUCAGCUCCCAUCUGCUUUUUCCUGACGCACUUUGUGUUACGAGUGCAGCUGCCCCACAGGACAAGCUAAAUCUAACCGGUGUUGCUCAUUCCGUUAACGUGAGCUCCAAUAAUAGGGGUUCAGGACACGAUUGUGAGUCUCUUUUUUUUAUGUUUUCACUCUCCCUCCUUAUGCACUUUUUGCUACAAACUUCAGCGGGAGCUCCACAGCGGGAUUAAGGGUGGUGGUGAUUGAGGGAGAGAGAUGGGUCCUACAGGGUUGUUUCCACAAAGCCUUUCGGUAUAGAGGGAACUAAGUGAUCCUGAAUCUUGCUACAACUGUGGACACACAAAAGAUGGUAGCCUGGCUGCAAGUUAGGACAAUGCUGUAGCUACUGCUGUUGUCCCCAAGUUCCCCUCUGCUUUAAAAAUGAAUCAUGUUGACAGUCCCCACUCCAGCUUUUCAGAUUCAACUGUUUUAUGCAUAUGUUGCUGCUAUCUAGCGAUCCUGCCCCUUCUAGGUCACCAGUAAGACUCCGCUUACCCCAGAAAGGGGCAGGAUGGGGAUGAUGCUUUAAGCAGAAGGCUUCCUGUUAGCAAGAGCUGAAGUGGUUUUAUGUUUGUCUUCCUGUUAAGAAUGAGUUGGUUUUGUAGUGCUGCUCAAAGAUUUACUUUGGUACCAGCUCUAUUUCAAAUACUAGAAAUACAUUUUCUGACUGUUCUCGUGAAUUAAGAACCAUGCCUGUUUUGCACACUAUGGGGAGAAAAUAAACCUGCAGCCUUUUAAUGUGAGUAUCUACUGGUGUUUAGUUUUCUCUGCAGAGAUGGUAUUUUGUGUUUUGUGGGGGGGAGAAUAAUCUAUUUCUCAAUGCACUGUGAUUUCCUCUAAUCCGAAGACUACUUGAUCUGUAGACACUAAACCAUGUUAGUGACGAGAAUAAAACCUCACUGCGGAA